GUGCAACUGCCAAAUACUCUUUGCGCCUUGCCAAAACGGGCAACACUGAUCCCAGAUUUGUGUGUGCCGGCAACGCAUGAGAACGUGUCGCAAAAUCUCAAUAAAUUAGUGAAAUCACCAUGUCGGACGAGUACUUUUAUGGUGUAACCUUAUCGUCGUCACAUCAGUCGGAGACAUGGGAUCCGGAAGCGAAAGCCGAGUAUCCACGCAGCAAUAAGCUAUUAAUCCGCCAAGCGCUGCUGGGGCCUGAUGCAAAACCUGAUGAACUCAAUGUUGUACAGGUGGAAACCAUGUGCCUACAGGAUUCAAUCAAAAUUCCUGUAGCUAUACUCAAAGUGGGUGAGACGAGGCACGCACGCUUAGACAUUGAAUUCCCUGAUGCACCAGUUACUUUCACUCUCACUCAGGGCUCUGGGCCAGUCCAUCUAAUUGGACAACAUUUACUGGGCGCGCUUGUAGAGGAAUUUGAAGACAUGGAUGAGAUGGAAGAGGAGAUGUUGGAUGAAGAGGAAGGAGACGAUUCCCAAUUUAAGGAAGAUGAAAAUAAAAGGAAAGGAGCUGGCAAGCGCAAGGCGAAUGAGGAUGAAGAUGAUGAGGAAGGCGAGCCCAAGGGUAAAAAAUCUAAAAUGUCCAACAAUGCCAAAGGCAAGGCUACAUCGCCCAAGAAGAAUGCCAAGAAGUGAACCGCCUCUAAGCCUGAGCACCGCUCACGACACACCUUUACUUAGAUGGAUUCUGUUGGAGACUGAUGAUAACUAUUUUAGGUAAACUUACCUAUUGCGAUUUACUUUUAAGUCAGUUUCAAACUCAGUUCAAAAAACAAUCUCAAAUAAAAUGUGUGGUGAUGACUUUGAGCGGCAGCAGAGGCAUUUUAGUUGUAACAAUAUAGUGUGGUAAUUCAGACUAGGUUAGCAUUAUAUCGACUCUGUGUGCCUGAGCCAGUGAGGGUGUGCGCGUGUGUGUGUGUGUUAUGUUCAAGAUACGAUUGCUACACUGUUUGAGUUCCACUUGUCUUAAAAAAUUGCAAGUGAUGUAAAAUGUAGCAACCUCUAUUUGACAGCAGUGCCCACAAAAUAAAACUGUGCGGUUGCCGGUGGCCAAGUGUGAUUACUUCACUAUUUUUCAGUACUAAAUUUCAUUCCUAACUGUGGUAUAGUGUUAUUGACGUCAAAUUUAUGAUAAGCUUUUAUUCACACAGAUGUAUUUUUAAGUUAAGAGGUAAGCAUAAUCAGUGUACAUUAAGUCAUUGUCAACUAGUUGCCGGAGACAUUAUUCAAAUUUUAACACCUUUCAGAAUGAAAACUGUACAUAUAAAAAUGUAAGAACGGUAUUAAUAAAACCAUUUUUAAACAAUCC